AUGUCUAGUAAUGAGGAUGGUACUUUUUCUGCUCCUUCUUUGAAACCAAAAAACCUUGAUUCUGCCGAAAAUGAUGAAGCUUGUUGUUCCCAAGAAGACAAAAUCGCAACAAAAAAUAUUUCUGAUUACAGUCCACCAGAGUGGUCCAAAGAUAUUCCUCCUGACAGUAUUUAUAAUCUUGAAAUAAUAAAGAAUGGAGUUAUUGUUGAAACAGUAAAACUAAAUAAAUCAAAAAAUACUUCAUAUUUUACUAUAGGACGAAUGCCUGAAAAUGAUAUAGUUAUGUUACAUCCAAGUAUAUCAAGAAUACAUUCUAUCAUACAAUACGGUAAUGGUGAUGAUGGAAUAGGUUACUAUAUAAUGGAUAAUUCCUCUGCUCAUAAAACAAAACUAAACAGAAAAGUUUUAGAUUCUGGAAAAUUUACAAAAUUAAGAAAUGGUUUUAGCAUUCAACUAGGUGGUUCUACUAGAUUUAUUGUUUUUAAUGGACCGGAUGAGGAACAAAAACGUGAAAAUGAAAGACAUAGUAUAGAGUAUAACAUGUUAAAAGAAAUGUUAAAAGCUAGGAAAAAUCAAGCAGUGGCAAAUGUGGCAGAAGAAAGUAAAUUUGAUUAUGAAUCUUAUAACUCAAGAGAUGAUUAUGGAAACACGGUUGAUGAUACAGCAGAGGAUCCAAAAACUGACAAAGCUGAAGAUUUUUGGAAUGAAAUGGCGAGACAGAGAAAAAAAAGAAGAUAUGAUGACAGAGAUGAAGAAACUUUCUGGGAUGAAACAAAAUCUAUAUCUGACAUCAGAAAAAAGAAAGCAGAAGAGGAGAAAAUUUCUUUUGAUAGUAAUGACUUUUAA